AUGUCUAAUGUAUCGGAUAGUAGUAUUAAUGGUUUAGAAUCACAAGAUUCAACAAACACUAAAAUUUUGCGAGCCAUUGCGGACGUUUUCCAAACAGCCCAAUCAACGUAUGCAGGACACAGGAGGCAUAUCGCGGUCUUGAAGCGGAUCCAAGCGAAGGCAGUGCAGAAAGGGUAUGAGGAAAUAUUCAAUUACUGGUUCAAUAAGAUGGUUACUUUAGUCUUGCCACUUAAGAGGACUGAAAUCGUUGGGGAUCGAAUUGUGAGACUUGUGGCCGGGUUUGUGGCCAGCCUGGAAAACGAUUUAGAGACUCAAAAGGAAAGUAGGGAAGAACACAGUAAACAAGAUGAGGUCUUCUCCAGGUUUGUGAACCAGUUUGUAAGGCAUAUCUUACGUGGGAUCGAAUCUCGAGAUAAAAACGUUCGCUACAGAGUAACACAGCUUCUGGCUGUUAUCAUGGACAACAUAGGUGAAAUUGACGAAGAUCUUUACAAUUUGAUUAUGUGGUCAUUUCAGAAAAGAGUCUACGACAAGGAACCAUUCGUGCGCAUUCAGUCCAUCUUUUGCUUAACGAAAUUUCAAGACGAGGAAAGCACUUCGGACACAGUAGAUGAUGCCACAGGAAAAUUGAUGCACGCAAUCCAAAAUGAUCCGAGUGCAGAAGUUAGGCGUGCUGCGAUGCUGAAUCUGGUCAGCACGGACAGGACACAAGAAUUGAUCAUGGAAAGAGCUCGGGACGUUAAUCCCAUAAAUCGACGAAUAGUGUAUUCUAGGGUUCUGAAAAACAUGGGAGCUAGUGUAUUUCAGAAGCUCGAUAUUGCGGUUAUUGGGAAGCUUAUAACUUAUGGUCUGGAGGACCGUGAGGAAAAUGUUCGGAAUGCGUGCUCUCGGUUAGUAGCGCUUGACUGGCUGAACAUAAUGAACGGAGACAUCAUUAAAUUAUUGGUUGAAUUGGACGUGACUAGAAAUACCGUCUGUGCAAAAGUUAUGGAUGCAAUCUUUAGUUAUCGAGAUGAUACGGUUUCCAAGAUUAAACUACCAGAAGACAUCUGGCAAGACCUAACCGCCGAAGUAUCGUUUUUGAUCAAAGCCUUUCACUCUCACUGUUUGCAGUACAAGUUGGACGAUGUUGUGGAUGCCAAUUUCCCAGAAGCCUCAAAACUGUCAGCAUACUUGCAAAAGUAUCUUGAUACUCGCUUCACAAAAGUUGAUCUAUCUGCACAUGACGUUCAUUGCCUGGAAUUUAUCAUUGAGCAGGUACUCACGGUGGCUGUCAGGUAUGAUUAUAGCGAUGAGGUUGGAAGACGGGCGAUGCUGAUAGUGAUUCGUAAUUCCUUAGCAAAACAUCAACUCAGCCCCACCUUAGUAAAAACUUCACUGAAAGUUUUGGAGGUUCUGUCCAUCAAUGAGCGUGAUUUUAUAGCCAUGACUGUUGAGAUCAUCACCGAUAUUCGCGAUGAGGACAUCGAAAAACAAGAAAUUCAAGAAACGAACAAAAAGUCUUUGGCUGUAGAAGCUCAAGACGAACAAGACGAUGAAGAGAUGGAAUCAUUUCACUCUGCCGUAGAUGACUUGGUGAACGGAAAUACAGUACCAGACCAGGGUGCUCGUUUGCUCGCCACUGAACGAGAAGCGAGCUCCAAGGCGCUAAUUGCAUGUCUUACUAUGUCCCAAUGCAUGCUCGAAUUGGUCUUGUCUCCAAUAGAGGACAACAUUAUGGUAACGUCUUUGAUUGAAACCCUCAUAACGCCUGCUGUAAGAAACACUCAGGCAGAAGUAAGGGAGCUAGGUGUUCGCAAUCUAGGGCUAUGUUGUCUGAUGGACGUUAAGCUUGCAACUGAAAGUUUAUAUCUCUUUGGGAUGUGUGUAUCGAAAGGUGACGCAAGCUUGAAGAAUAUUGCACUACAAGUCAUAUUUGAUAUUUUCUCGAUACAUGGCCUCAAAGUUGUUGACGGAGAGGGAAAAGUCGACUCCAUAUCGUUACACAAAAUAUUUUACAAGACUUUAAAGAAUUGUAAGAUUCCUGAAUGCCAAGCGAUUGUCGCGGAAGGUCUGUGUAAGCUUUUUCUGGGAGACGUUUUUACUGACGAUGACCUCUUUGAGACACUUGUACUAUCUUAUUUUUCGCCGGCUAAUUCCCAAAACGAAGCCUUGGUACAGGCUUUCGCAUUCUGCCUCCCAGUGUAUUGUUUUUCUCACAUUCAACACCAGAAACGAAUGGUUCGAGUCGCAGGCGACGUUCUUUUGAGACUUUCCGUUCUAUGGGAUGAGGUUCAGACAAAUACAGACGAUACUAUAGUCACGCCCACCAUGUUGAAGCCAAGUCUGAUUUUUCAGGAACUCAUCGAUUGGACAGACCCAAAUAAGGUUGUGAAUCAAACAGAAAAUAUAAAUGAGACUGAAGAUUCUCAAUUGGAUUUCCUGGUAGCAGUUCUGAAGAUGUAUUAUAAACUGGAACGGAAAGAUGUCAAGAAAAUGAUACUGACUAAUAUAAACAGAUUUGGCUUUAAUGGUAGCGAUAUGGCGAAGUGGAAAGAAGCUUCUGAAGUUUUGGAAGAUAUCUUGGACAAUGACGACAUUGACUCUUCGUCCCGAAACUCUAUUACAAAAUUUUUAGCUUCUUUGACAGAUUUUAUGAAAACUAGAGGAGAUCAGGAGAAGCAUCACUCGGAUGAUGAGAUUGAUGAUCGAUUUUCGAGCGACAAUGGGAGCACCACUCAUCAUGAGCCUGCCCAAGGAACGUCGAGGGCAGUUUCACAGGAUCUCUUGAAGGACGCUGCUCUUGUUCCUGAACAAGAAGCAAAUACAGCCAUGCCUGAAGAAAUUGGCUUAACACUAGAAACGUCAGGAACGUCAGGAACGUCGGAAAUAUUGCCUAAUAGGAAAAGAAAGAGGAGCGAAAAUACAGCAUCUGAAUUUAAUUCAGAUCUUGAAAAGAGCAGUCGACUUGUCAGCUUCAUUCUGCCAGAUGAUAACGCUGCCGGUCAGGAUGAUUCCUCUAUCUAUACGCAAUCAGAAGAUGCUGACUAUGAUGACAACAAUGAGAGGAAUGAAUAUGCAUAG